GUUGUGUUCCGACUUUACAACAUGAGCUGAGCAUGAAGCCGCUGACAUCAGACUGAUCGAGCGUCAGCGACACUAUUUGUGCUGAUAUUUAUCUUUGAUGAAUGUUUUUGGACUAAACAAAGAUGCAGCCUCAUCUUUUAUCUCGAGGAACAGCCGCGGCUGUUGCUGCGAGGAGAAUGCGGAGUAUUCUGGGCUCUGUGACGGGCAGCUGGAUGUGGAGAACCAGAGAGGUCAAACUGAUAAACACAUCCUCAGGUGACACUGUGACGAUAGGAGACAUCUCGUACAAACUGAAAACGCCACAGAACCCAGAACUUGUCCCCGUCAAACACAUUUCAGACUCACCUUCACAAACGGUGGCUCAGCAUUUACGAUGGAUUAUGCAGAAAGAUCUACUGGGUCAAGACAUGUUUCUGAUUGGACCCCCGGGACCCCUAAGACGCUCCAUAGCCAUGCAAUACUUGGAGUUGACCAAGCGUGAAGUGGAAUAUGUGGCUCUGUCCCGAGAUACAACAGAGACUGACCUUAAACAAAGAAGAGAGAUUCGCUCAGGGACAGCAUUUUACAUCGACCAGUGUGCAGUGCGGGCGGCGACGCAGGGCCGUGUGCUGGUGCUGGAGGGGCUGGAGAAGGCGGAGAGGAACGUGCUGCCGGUUCUCAACAACCUGCUGGAGAACAGAGAGAUGCAGCUGGAGGACGGCCGCUUCCUGAUGUCGGCCGAGCGCUACGACAAACUGCUGCAGGAGCACACUAAGGAGGAGUUGGACAGCUGGAAGAUUGUCCGAGUGAGCGAGGACUUCCGGGUCAUUGCUCUCGGUAUUCCUGUUCCCAAGUACAAGGGCAAUCCUCUGGACCCGCCCCUCCGCUCUCGAUUCCAGGCCCGAGACAUUUAUUACCUCCCGUUUAAGGACAGGUUGGAGGUGCUGUACAGAUCUGGGCCAAACAUCGGGGCCGACAGAGUGUCCCAGUUGUUGUCAUUGGCCACGACUCUGUGCUCCCAGGAAUCCUCCAGCCUCGGCCUCCCGGACUUUCCAGUGGACAAUCUGCCGUCAGCUCUGGAAGUGCUGAGCGUGUUUCCCAUGUUGUCGUCGCAGCAGCUCGUACAGAGACUUUAUCCUUACAGAAGCAUUUUGGGGAAAGAGGGAUGCACGGCGGUGGAGAGCGUCCUCACCAGAUUUGAACUCCUGGACGCUCGCCGGCAGCAAGCGGCCACCCGUAUCCUGAAGGUGUCUCCUGCGAAAGACGCGAAGAGCCGUGCAAACGUGACCUUAGACGUCGCUGGGAAUGAAGUUACGUUCGAGGUUCGGUCUGGUCUAAACGACGUGCGUCAGCCCAACCGCAGUCCGCUCUUCGUCGGCACGCGCAGCCAGUCCCAGCUGAUCGCAGAGAUGAUGCAGUCCCACAUGGUCAAGGACAUCUGCCUCAUCGGAGCCAAGGGCUGCGGCAAGUCGGCGAUCGCCAGAGAGUUUGCGGAAAUCUUGGGAUACAGUAUUGAACCGGUCAUGCUCUACCAGGACAUGACAGCGCGGGAUCUCCUCCAGCAGAGGUUCACUCUUCCUAACGGUGACACGGCGUGGAGACCUUCUCCUCUCGUUCUUGCUGCUCUGGAGGGGAAGCUCCUGCUGCUGGACGGGAUCCACCGGGUCAAUUUAGGAACUCUGGCUGUUUUAUCUCGGUUACUACACGACAGAGAGUUGGAUCUAUACGACGGAACCAGGCUGCUACGAUGGGACAGAUACCAAACACUGAAAGAAGAACUGCAGUUUACAGACCAGGAACUGCAAGAAAGGUCUAUCUUUCCCGUACACCCGGCGUUCCGGGUCCUGGCCCUCGCGGAGCCCCCGGUGGUCGGCGCCAGCGGAGGCGGCAGCAAAGGUCAGCAGUGGUUGGGUCCAGAACUGCUUACGAUGUUCCUCUACCACACUGUCACGCCGAUGAGCAAGGCAGAAGAGAUGGAGCUCAUAGAGGGGCUGGCGCCCAACGUACCAAAGGAGUCAGUAGAGCAGCUCUUGCACCUCACUCACGGCCUACGCAGCACUCACGACCCUACGGCGCAGUCUCUGGCCUCUUCUCUUUCCACUCGACAGCUGCUGAGGAUCUGCCGACGCCUCUCGCAGUAUCCCGAGGAGAGUAUCGCUCACGCAGUCAACAAGGCCUGUCUCUCCAGGUUUCUGCCCAGUCUUGCACGUGCCUCCCUGCAAAAAAGCCUUUCCAACUCCUCCAUCGAAAACACACCAGAAGCGAGUGAAGAUUCUCGUAGCUACACGUGUACGGUGAAAGACGGAGUUUUGACCAUCGGAAGUGUCUCAGCUCCAGUUUACAACCCCGAUAUGAAGAUGAAAGUCCCAGAUGUGCUUUUUUAUGACAAUCCACAGCAUAUGAAGGUGAUGGAGGACAUGCUGAAGGACUUUCUUUUAGGAGAACAUCUUCUUUUAGUCGGAAAUCAGGGUGUUGGCAAGAAUAAAAUUAUCGACAGGUUUUUGCAUCUUCUGAAUAGACCCAGAGAAUAUCUACAGCUGCAUAGAGACACGACUGUUCAGACUCUGACACUGCAGCCUUCAGUCCGAGAUGGGAUUAUUAUCUAUGAAGAUUCACCCCUGGUAAAAGCCGUUAAAAUGGGGCAUAUCCUGGUCAUCGACGAGGCCGACAAAGCGCCCACAAAUGUCACCUGUAUUCUCAAAACGCUGGUGGAAAGUGGAGAGAUGAUCCUCGCUGAUGGACGAAGAAUCGUUUCCGACCCACGAGUACCAACGAACAGGCCAAACACCAUAGCCAUGCACCCAGACUUCAGGAUGCUGGUCCUGGCCAACCGACCUGGCUUCCCCUUCCUGGGCAAUGACUUUUUUGGAGCUCUAGGUGACAUCUUCAGUUGUCACGCGGUGGACAACCCAAAGCCUCAGGCCGAGCUGGCGAUGCUCAAACAGUACGGUCCAGACGUGCCGGACGCCACUCUGCAGAAGCUGGUGUCUGCCUUUGGAGAGCUGAGGUCUAUGGCCGACCAGGGCACCAUCACGUACCCCUACUCCACCAGAGAGGUCGUGAACAUCGUCAAACACCUGCAGAAAUUCCCAGAGGAGGGUUUGGCUAAUGUGGUGCGAAACGUCUUUGACUUCGACUCCUACAACAAAGACAUGAGAGAAGUUCUGAUCGAGGCGCUGCACAAACACGGGAUUCCCAUCGGAGCCAAGCCCAGCUCCGUCAAACUGGCCAAGGAGUUGCCGCUUCCCGAGGUAAAGAUGACCGGAUACUGGACCAUCGGCCAGGGGGUCAACGCUCGCCGCAAAAUGCUGUGUCCAACUGAGACUCGUCCCAUUGACAUCAAGGGCCCCGUGUUUCUGCGUGUUCAGGGUUAUCCUUGCAACCGACAAGAAAGCCGAGCCCUGAGCUUUACAGAAGAAAAAGCCCACUGGCAACUUCCCAUGAAUGAAGUCAACAUAAUUUGCGAUGUUACGUCCAGCGAUGACGUGCUGUAUGUGGCCACGUGUAAUCCGGUGUCCCUGUUCUCGAUGAAGGAGCAGGGAGACACGAUCCACUGCAUGGAGCUGUACGACGUGUUCCCCAGGACCAUCAGCGGAGUCUGGCAGCCGUUUGUCACUGUCGCUCCUCUGGGAAGUCCUCUGGAUGGACAGGUCGUACUGCACGAAGAACAGAGCAACACCGUGCUUCACGUCGACAUGGUCACGGGGGCAGUGCGACGCCUCCAGUUGUCUCCGGACAGUGACCAGCCCAACGCCAGAGCCUCCCAUUGGUGGAGCAGCAGUAAAGAGCAGCAGGGGGUAAAUAAAAUGUGCUGUGAAUUUGCCCAUAAAAACUGGCUUCUGUUUUACAAAGAAGACGGUAACCAGCUCGAUGUGUUGGACGUGCUGGAGGGACGAUUACACUCCAUCUCUCUUCCCAUUAACCUCAAGUCUGUUCACUUGGUGGCGGAGGAUCGGUGGUUACUGAUGGAGAGCGACAGCAACAAAAAGUUUCUCCUGACCAAACCCUUGCACAUGGCGGCCGAAGCGUCGAGCGUGUGUCAGCUCCACAGCGUCAGUGAGGACGCCGUGAGCUCGGGUCACGGGGUCAGCGCAGCCGACAUCUCUACACCUCAGGUCCUUUCAAACGCACAACUCCCCAACGAAAACCUCAGCGCCGCUCUAGACCAGAAGAUAGUUUCUCCCAAUCGCGUUCUGGCCGACACCGGCUCCUUCGCUCGGAUCAUCGUCGGGUUCCCUGACUUAAUGUCCCCAAACGAGGUCUAUAGCUUCAAUCGACCCGUGGACUUGUCUCAGAUGAAAAGCGGCGACGGUGGAGGUCAGAUGUUCUUCAAAGGAGGUCUCAGGUCCAGUUCGCCCAAAAGGAACAACUGCGUGACCCUGCUGUCCCACAACCAAGUCGUCCGCGCCCUUCCACCCAACAAGGUCCCACUGAAGGAAAUCUACCCCAAAGACGUCACUCCGCCGUUGACAGCAGCUUAUUUGGAAGUGGUCGACUUGAACUCCAAAAAACUGAAAUAUAUUCCCGUCCCAAGGUCCAUGUCCGUGUCUCCGUACACAAACUGGCUGUCCAAAGUGUCGGAGUCUGACGUGCUGCUGGCGUCGCUGGACUCCGGGGGCGUGUUCACCGUGGACAUGGGGGGAUACGUGCGGCUUUGGGAGACGGGGUCGGACACUCUGCAGCGAUCGCUCAUGGAAUGGAGGAACAUGAUUGGCUCAGAGGACGGCCGGCCUUUACAGAUCACUGUUCAGAGAGACAGCGGCAUGGACGUCACUGCCCCCAAACACGGGAAAGUCGAUCCGUUGAACGCGCCUCACGUUGGGGGGAACCAAUGGGCCGGCGGCACAGGGGGCAGAGACACAGCCGGCCUCGGCGGUAAAGGCGGCCCGUACCGUCUCGACGCCGGACAUAAGGUGUUCCAGGUUUCUCAGGUCGAGAAGGACGCGGUGCCAGAGGACGUCCGACAAGCUGCUCGUGAAAUGGCAGAAAAGGCCUUCAAAGACAGGUUAAAAGAGAUCAACAUGAGCGAGUACGACGGACAAACCUACGAGCGAUUCUCCAGUGCAGUCAGACGACAAGUGCAGUCUCUGCGCAUCAUCCUGGACAGUUUACAGGCGAAAGGCAAAGAGCGGCAGUGGCUGAAGAACCAAGCGCUGGGCGAACUGGACGACGCGAAGAUCAUCGACGGCCUGACGGGAGAGAAGGCGAUAUAUAAACGCAGAGGAGAGCAGGACCCAGAGCCUGGAACUCCGCAGCAGAAACCAAAGCGGCUGCGAGUUUUAGCCGACGUGUCCGGCAGCAUGUAUCGCUUCAACGGAGUGGACGGCCGGUUGGAGCGCUCUAUGGAGGCCGUGUGUAUGGUCAUGGAGGCCCUCGAGAGCUACGAGCACAAGUUUAAGUAUGACAUCAUGGGUCACUCGGGCGACGGGUACGACAUCGAGCUGGUCCGAGCUGACAAAGUCCCCAAGAACAACAAGGAACGACUCAAGGUUCUAAAGACGAUGCACGCUCACUCGCAGUUCUGCAUGAGCGGCGACUACACCCUGGAAGCGACCGAAGCCGGCAUUAAGGAGCUGUCUGGGGAGGAGGCGGACGAGCUCUUUGUCGUGGUGCUGAGCGACGCCAACUUGGAGCGUUACGGGAUCCGACCGGAGCGAUUUUCAAGUGUCCUGACCUCCGAUCCUCAGGUCAACGCCUUCGCAAUCUUUAUCGGGUCCCUCGGCGACCAGGCUGAAAGGCUGCAGAAGACGCUUCCAGCCGGCAGAUCGUUCGUUGCCAUGGACACGAAGCAGAUCCCCCAAAUCCUGCAGCAGAUCUUCACUUCCACCAUGUUGUCCAGCGUCUGACACAAAGACGCACUUGUCCUCUCCUCACUCACUCAACAACUCAAGUAUUGUUACGCCGUGCCCUUAACCGCUUUCGGCUCCGUCUUAUGUAACGCUCGGGGUGUUAUCUGGUCUGCGGAGGACAACCGGGGGGUCUAUGGU